UGAGAGAAACUGAAAUGGCUGUGGAAGGUGAAGAGGGAGGAAAAAGACUCUUCAAAUUUCUCCAUUGCAACGUUUUUAUUUUGGAUUGCAAGAAUUUAGGGUUUUUCUCUUUUGAGUUUUUUCCAAUUUCAACAACUACCUUUCACAGCAUCAACUUUCCCUCUUUGGUUUCUUGUCCGAGAAGUUGUUCAAGUACUGGAAGUGAAAUCCAAUAUUCAUGACCCGACCCGUGAAACGAGAACGGGGCACUGCUUCUGCUUCUUCCAGUGCUAAUACUAGUAGUACACGAUCGGAUGAUGGUGGAGACAAGAUGAGUGAAUCAGGCCGUGCAGUCUCGCCCGGUGGAGCUGCUCUUCGAUCACGGUAUCUUGCCGUAAAGAACCUUAUUAUCGACGAAAGGGAGGAUAUUGGAAAGGUUGAUUCUGAUAAGUUCCAUUCAAUCUUUCAUGAAGUGGAAAGCUUGCACCAGCUAGUACAGAAACCAAGAGAACAAGUUGCUGAUGCAGAGGCUCUUUUGGACAUCACAAAGUCGCUGGUGACCUUUGUCAAGGCUCAGGGAAAUGAUGGAAUAACUGCCUCAGAUUUUAUAACUUGUCUUCUUAAGGACUUUGGACAACAAGAUGGGCCUACCAGCAGCGCAGAAUCUGGCAGGGACAUAAUGGACUGGAAAAAUAUUGGAGUUGCAGUAUCUGAUAUAUUUAGGAGCUGUCCUGGGUGCCAUACAAUGAUUGGGCCUGUGGAUGCUGAAUUGAAGGUACGGAAGCCUGUUGUUAGAAAACGUGUCAAACCAACUGAGAGUAUUCAGCCUGAAGAGGUUGUUGAUAACCAUUUGGCAGAAGAGAGAAUAGAUACAGACAACAAUAUGGCAACCAUGUUUAAUAUUUUAAGGAAGAGAAGAAGUGUCAAGCUUGAAAAUUUAGUGCUGAAUAGGUAUUCAUUUGCACAGACCGUGGAGAAUUUGUUUACUUUGUCAUUUCUAGUUAAAGAUGGGCGAGCCGAAAUAAAAGUGAAUGAGAAUGGUUGGCAUCUAGUUUCUCCAAGGAACGCGGCUGCUGCCAGUGCAGUCCUCUCAGGGGAGGUUGUAUACAGGCACUUUAUCUUCAGACUUGACUUCAAGGAUUGGAAGUUGAUGAUAUCAUCUGUUGGAGUUGGGGAGGAGGUAAUGCCAAAUAGGAACCAAAUAAACCAAUCACGUGAUAGCCAACAAAAUCCAACGUCUGUAGAAUCUCAAGAAGCUGGACCUACCACUCCUAUUAGGAAGUUGUCCAGGAACCGUGGCUUGGUGUUACAGGAAGAAACAAUUGCGGAAGACUCAUCACCUGAGAGUGAUAAUUCUCGAGCAAGAGCAGCUCUCAUUCGGAGAGGAAAGCGGAAGAUGAGAUGAUGGUGGUGGAUAUAGAGCACUAACUUCGGUUUCCGUAAUUAGGAUUUGCUUGUAAAUUCUUUAUCCACUGGCCUUUUGUUCUUCGCAGUUGACAGUAUUAAGCAAACUGUGAAAUCUCACAAGGCCAUAGUGCUUGGGUGGCAGGAUAUGCUAGUAAUCAUAAUGUAAACUAGACUAGCUGUGUGCCAAAGCUAGGUUUAUCAGAAGCAACUAAUGAAACAUGAAAUUAGUAUUUGUCCCACUAAAUAUUGGGACUGUGUUUAAUUUGGAAA